CAAGAGCAUCGACUCUCUCUCAUUCUCUAUUUCUAUUUCUACUCCAACAAAACCACCAGCAGCCAAAGAGUUCCUCACUUCUCCCUCUGUUUUUCUCUCUGCUUCUCUCAAUGGAAGCCUAAGGACAAAGAAGAAGAUGAUAAUAAGGUUUUGAUUAAGUUUAUUAAUAAAAGAAAUGGAAUCAAACGAAGGGAUUAGAGCUGCUCCUGCUCCUGUAAGAGUAAGUGAUAGGAUAAGAAAAGCACCUAAAGCGUAUGUGAAUAGGUCUCUUAUUUAUUAUUCUCCACAUACUCUGAAUCGUCGUCAUAAGAAGAGUAAAAGUAAGACUAGAACUGCUGCUUCUCAAAUUGCUAAAAUGUUGAGGCCUGGUGCUGAGAGAAAUCGUCUAACUAAUUCAGUUGGGACAAACCUUCGACGUUCUACCAGGAAGAGGAAGCGUUCAGGACAACUUCGAGGUUACCAAACAGAUAGUUCUGCAUCAGAUGAUGACCUAAUGAGGCCAGCCGAGUUUCGUACGAGAAAAAGGGUUUCAAGGAUAGCUAGUCAAGACGAGUUGUCACCCUCUCCGAGACGUAAAAAGGUGUCUGAUGACAAAGGCGUUCCUCGACGUGAAGGAUUACGACCUCGACGUUCCAAAAUGAUGUCAAAACAACAACAGCCUUAUGAAGAAUUUGAAGAUGGCCAGGAUACUUCAGAAGAGCGGGUUGGUCAAGAUGAAACAGAAAAUGGCAAUGAUGUAGAGGAUGUUGGUGAUGGGGAGGAGGAGGGGGAGGAGGAAGAUGUCGAUGAUGAAGAGGGUGAAGAAGAAGAUGAAGAAGAGGAGGAGGAGGAGGAGGAGGAGGAAGAACAGGAUGGGAGAAGGCGAUAUGAUCUUCGCAAUCGUGCAGAAGUUCGAAGGUUGUCCCCAGAGAAGGAAGGCAAACAAAGACAACGAUCUCCUCGAAGAGUAUUACAUCAAGGAAUGAGUACCAAGAGUAACAAGGAUGUUAGAAGGGGUGGAAAUCGAGUUCAUAAACGCAAUCGCGUAACCAGGGCCGAGGAUUCAGAUGACUCUCUUCUUGUAGAUGAGCUUGAUCAAGGACCUGCGAUUCCGUGGCCACGUGGCGGAAAUAGAAGUGGUGCACCAUGGCUUUUAGGAGGGGGGCUAGAUAUGCAUGGGGCAACAUCCUGGGGGUUAAAUGUGGCUGCUUCUGGUUGGGGUCAUCAGAGUGAUGCCUUUGCUUCAUUGACUUCUGGAGUGCAAACUGCUGGACCAAGUUCAAAAGGAGGAGCAGAUAUUCAACCUUUACAAGUUGAUGAAAGUGUAAGCUUUGAUGACAUAGGUGGCCUUUCAGAAUACAUCGACUCUUUGAAAGAAAUGGUGUUUUUCCCCUUGCUCUAUCCGGAUUUUUUUGCAAGUUACCACAUCACACCUCCAAGAGGUGUUCUGCUGUGUGGCCCUCCUGGAACUGGAAAGACUCUGAUUGCACGAGCGUUAGCCUCUGCCGCUUCAAAGGCUGGUCAGAAAGUGAGUUUCUACAUGCGCAAGGGAGCUGAUGUACUUAGCAAAUGGGUCGGCGAGGCUGAGAGACAGCUUAAACUACUUUUCGAAGAAGCACAGAGGAAUCAACCGUCUAUUAUCUUCUUUGAUGAGAUAGAUGGCCUUGCUCCAGUUAGAUCGAGCAAGCAAGAGCAGAUCCACAAUUCCAUUGUAUCAACUUUGCUCGCGUUAAUGGAUGGUCUUGAUUCUCGUGGGCAAGUUGUUUUGAUUGGAGCUACUAAUAGGAUUGACGCCAUUGAUGGAGCCCUACGUCGGCCUGGUCGGUUUGAUCGGGAGUUCAACUUUUCUUUGCCUGGCCUUGAGGCACGUGCUGAAAUAUUAGACAUUCACACACGCAAAUGGGAGCAACCCCCUUCAAAGGAGCUAAAAACGGAACUUGCAGCUAGUUGUGUAGGUUAUUGUGGUGCUGAUUUGAAAGCCCUUUGCACAGAAGCUGCUAUUCAGGCUUUUCGUGAAAAAUAUCCUCAAGUUUACACCAGCGAUGACAAGUUUUUGAUUGAUGUUGAUUCAAUUAAGGUUGAAAAAUACCACUUCCUGCAGGCUAUGUCAACAAUUACUCCUGCUGCCCAUAGAGGCUCUGUUGUACAGUCAAGGCCCUUGUCAUUAGUAGUUGCACCGUGCUUACAGAGGCAUCUCCAGAAAGUUAUGGGUCAUAUAUCUGAAGCUUUUCCUACCCUUGCAGCAUCAUCAGAUACGAUCAAGUUUUCUGUAUUUUCAUAUGGUUCUGCAGUUCCUCUUGUGUAUAGGCCUCGUGUUUUGAUGUGUGGCGAUGAAGGCGUAGGCCUGGACCAUAUCGGGCCUGCUGUUUUGCAUGAACUGGAGAAGUUCCCUGUUCAUUCUUUAGGGCUUCCUUCUCUUCUCUCUGACCCCAGUGCAAAAACACCGGAAGAAGCACUUGUGCAUAUAUUUGGUGAAGCAAGGAGAACCCCACCCUCUAUUUUGUAUUUACCUCAAUUCCAGCUUUGGUGGGAAACUGCACAUGGUCAGCUUAAAGCAGUCCUGUUGUCUCUUUUAGAAGAGUUGCCAAGCGAUUUCCCAAUACUAUUAUUGGGGACAUCAUCAGUUCCACUCAAUCAACUGGACGAAGAAGCUUCAUCAGUUUUUGCUCCUCGUAAUGUUUAUCAACUGGAGAAACCAACAUCCGAAGACAGAUCUUUGUUCUUUGAUCGGUUGGUUGAAGCUGUCAUCUCUAUCUUGUCUGAAGGGACCACUAGCAAAUCCGAAGAGCUAAAAUCGCUUCCUGAACUUCCCAAGGUACCGAAGGCCCCAAGUGGUCCAAAAGCCUCGGAGCUCAAAGCCCAAGCAGAAGCGGAGCAGCAUGCCCUUCGCCGUCUGCGAAUGUGUCUUCGAGAUGUUUGCAAUCGGAUUCUAUAUGAUAAACGCUUCAGUGCUUUUCACUAUCCUGUCCUGGAGGAGGAGGCACCAAAUUAUCGGACCAUAGUUCAAAAUCCCAUGGACGUGGCUACUCUGCUGCAGCGUGUAGACUGCGGGCAGUAUAUCACGUGUUCAGCAUUUGCGGUUGAUGUUGAACUGAUUUUGACAAAUGCAAAGGCUUACAAUGGCGAAGAUUACACUGGAGCUAGAAUCGUUAGUAGAGCAUACGAGCUUCGUGAUGCAGUACAAGGCAUGCUGUCACAGAUGGACCCAGCAUUGAUCAAGUUCUGUGAUAAGAUUGCCUCCCAAGGGGGCCCAAUGAGUGUGCCAGAUGACGCUGGAGGCCUGGCUUUUCCACUUGCGCCCGUUGUGCAACCGACAAGUGUUACUAGAGUUAGUGCUCGACUCCGUAAUGUCCAACCGGAAGUGAAUCUGACUCAAAGCUACGAAGCAUUAAGGCGCUCAAAGAAGAGUCUUGAUACUGAACAAGCGGGUGGCAUCAGCGAUCAUCAUCAAGGUUCAGUAGUGGUUGAAGACAAAUUUAGGCAUGCAGAAUUGGGCUUGUCAUCAUCAUCAAGGCCAGAACCAUCAUUGGCAUCCCUAGAACACCUCCAGGCAAAUGGUACCACCACUACCUUGGAACCGGUAACUCAAGGGACUAAGGGCAAUUCUCCUUCCGCUGCCACUGCCACUGUGGCUGCCUGUGAUGAGCAGUUGGAAGAAGUUUGUGGGAACGAGUCUCCUCCUCCCGCUGCAGGAAACCAGUGCCAGGAAGAUGCUAUCAUGUCAGAUAGAGAGGAGAUCUCUACCAGCGGUAAUGACAAAAUCGACUCUGUGAAGCUGCAAAUGGUGAAGCUCACUGAAGGCUACGGUGUUCCGCAGCUUGAAAGGCUUUACACACGUAUGGUGAAAGCCGUGCUCGAAACCAAAAAGAACAAAGCAAAAGAUCAUGAUAAGAUUUCAGCUUUUGAGUUUCUCUCGAAGUUUGCUGGAAACCAUGCAAAUUUCUGAUUCUUGAAAAUAACACCCCUGUUCCCGUUAUGUUCUCCAACAUGAUUACUUCUUUUUGAAGUAUAGAAGUUGUGGUUGGAAUGCGAGUCUCUCUAGUGUGAAUUAGAUUAUGUUAGAAAAUGAACUAUGAUAAAGCCUGUAGCGUUGUUAGUAAUUUUCUCCUUGUUUUCCAUUUCUUUCUUGCUAACCCAAUUGGUAGGUUCUCAUUGUUUUCUGUAAAUUAAUUUCAAUGAAAAAUUGUUGCAUUGCAACAUUUUAUUUGUUUAAAAA